CAAUCGUUGAUGACUUGAAUUGAUAUUUAUCGUUCCAGUGUAACAUCAACUAACAAAUGUAAAUAAUAUAGUGAAGUUAGCAAAAAAGUAUGUUAAAACAUUUUUUGGUGGUUAUUAUAGCAAUUUCUGCUGGUAGUUUUCUUUACGGAAUAUAUAAUUAUAAUGUAGAAAUUGAGUCCAAUGCUUGUCAAAUGACGUACAUGUUUGCACCACCUCAGUUCUCGAGAAUAGACUUCGAAGAGAAUGACAAGUUUCGCAAUUACGGAUUGUAUUACUACAAUGAAGGCCGUAUAUCAAUUGAAGUGCACAAAACUCAAUUCACUGGAGCACCCGUUAUUUUUGUACCAGGAAAUGGAGGUUCUUACAAGCAAGUACGUUCCUUGGCAUCGGUAGCAUUGAGAAAAGCCAGAGACAGCGCUACUGGAAUUCAUUUGGAUUAUUUUACUAUCGACUACAACGAAGAGCUUUCAGCGCUUUAUGGUGAUUAUUUGGAGCGUCAAACUUUAUAUUUAAAGACUUGUAUUAAAAUUGUUUUGAAGCUUUAUAAAAGUACUGAACAAGCUGCAAAAGUAAUUAUAGUUGGUCAUUCUAUGGGAGCUGUAGUAGCGCAAGCAGUUUUAAGAGAUUCAGAAUUUUCUAAAUUCAUCAAUACCAUAGUUUCCUUAUCGUCUCCUAUAAAUAAGCCUAUUUUAGUUCUUGAUGAAAAAAUACAUGCAUUUUAUAAAAGUAUAAACAAAAAUAUAUCUGUUGGACGGUCCUCUUUGAAAUUAAAUAAAAAUUCAAAUUUUUGUUGCGCUACGUGUAGUCGCUUUCUAAUGAGCAAUCAUACCAAUAACGAAGAUAAAAAUUUGAAAAAUGUAUUGAUAAUCACAAUUGGUGGUGGUAAUCGUGACGUACUGGUUCCACCUGGCUUUACAAUUUCAAAAUAUAGCGAUAUACAUGCAAUGACAAUGUCAAUUCCUAAAGUAUGGUUAAGCUGCGAUCAUUUGUCCGCAGUCUGGUGUCUUCAGCUGGUGCAGGUUAUUAAUAGAUAUAUGUUUGACAUAUCUGCCAGUGACAAGCAAAAUUUCGUUUACUUUACUAAGGAUAGAAUACGUCGGGAGCAGGCUGCGCUUACUCACUUUGUGAAAUUAAAUAUAAUUCAAUCAAAAGAAAUAAACAUUGAACAGGAAGGUAGACAUAACAGUAUAUGGCGGGAAGACACUUUAAGAGUAUUUUCGAAAGCGUUUAAAGAAGGAUCCAAAAGUAAUUUUAUACAGUUAAUUCCACUACGGAGACAUAAAAAACAUACGAAAUUAUGCAUUGAUGUUACUCAAUUGGAGCCGGAUGACUUUCUUUUUGGAUGCACUGUAAAGUCUAGAUUUAAUAACGACUCGUUCUGCCAGGACAAAGUCUCACUUUCUCAUAAUUUUCAAAUAUUGCCAUCUAUUAAAAAUAAAAUGCGGUCAGUGGCAAUACUAGAUAUUAACAAUUUGAAGAAAACGUACGUAAAUUGGACCCAUGUUGGUUUCUUCGUUCGUGCUUCUCGCAAACCGAAGAUGUAUAACGUUGAUAUGUUUAAUCCCGCGGAGAGAAAUAUGGUCUUUAAAUUACCACGCUGGUCUACUUUUCAAAAAACAAUUUUAGUAAAUGAAAGUUCACAGGGAACACUAUAUUACAAACUCUUAGUUCAAGGUAUUGAAGAAACUUUUCCAACUAUUGAAUUGAGAAUUGUACCGUUAUCAUGUAUUGGGGAUCUGAAUUCAAUUAUCAUUAAAAUGUGCAUACCCUGGGCGCCAGGAUUUAACAAAUAUCAAAUUAUUCGAGAUCCUUCAGCGGAAGUCUUUUAUGUGAAUGUUCCUGUUUCUAGUCCAAUUGGCUAUAAUUCAUCAAUGAAUCCGAUUUCUUUAGAAAUUUUUUUGGAUCCACUUUGUCGAUAUCAAAUAAGCUACAAAUUUUCGAUUGUGGGCACAAUGUCUAGAAUAGCUCAACAGUUUUGGCACUGGCUGCCGUCUCAUCUGACAGCUGUUAUAUUAGUUAUCCUGAAGAAUCAAAUAAGUAAAUUCCAUGAUGAAUCAAGUACUAAGGGUAUUCGACCAUAUCAUGGGUAUUUUCAAUAUGCUUCGUUAUAUCUUAUAACCGGUUGUCGUGUAUUGAGCAAAUUUUUAACACACAAUGAUGAUAACGAAAGUGGGGGAGACUUUUCAAUUUAUCCGGCUGUAAUUAUUCACGGCACCGCUAUAGUAUUAUCAAUAUUACUUGUUUUUUCAGUUUGGACUGCAAUCAUUCUAAAUGCGUAUGGACUUUCAAAACUAAUAAAUUGGUUUUUACUGAGGUCGGUACUCUUACCCAUAGCAGACACAUUCCCAAUUUUAUUUGCCGCAUUCCUGAUUUCGCUGGCAAUAAGGACAUGUGGAACAGUAGCACUUAUCAUAACAUGUGCCUUAUAUUUAUUGUUGAUAUCGAACGCUUACAGCGACUACUUGGAGAAUUGGUUACUAAAAACAGCAGUGUCGUUGCAUGCAAAAGUUCGUAGCUUUUAUGAUAAACAAAAUGGAAUAAGUACAACACCAACAACAGGCAUAUCAAGCGAUACAACUAGUCUUAUGAGUUUAAUUCGUUGUGAUGGAAUGAAUAAUUUCUCUUUUCACUUAUCUCUUUUCAACUUGCUUAUUAUUAUGACUGGUUUGAACAGUAUGACUUUCGUUGCUUGGGUGAAGGAUCACAGAAUUGUAAGUCUCGGAACAGACCCAUCUCUACUUCCCACUGUAAUAGUCAUAUCUUCCUUGGGCCUUUUAUGGCGAUUAAAAUCACCUAAAAAAAUCUUUUCUUUCCGAAUUGGCUACAGGAUAGCAUCGUUACUCAUAUAUAUGGGUGCUGGAGCUUGCAUUAUUUACUGCCAGGACGCAUUGUAUAAACUAAACUAUUUAAUUGCCGGAACUUUUGUAUUGAUAACAGGGAUGGAAUUGCUGGGACAAUGUUAUAAGAAAUUUAGCCUUUGAAAAUUGUAAAAAGAGAAAAAAUUAAUACUCCUCUCGGCUUGACGUCAUCCUUUCAUGAUCUCUUCAGUUUUUGGUCGUGGGGGGCCAAGUCUCGGGAAUACGAUGAUUGAUGUGUUUUUUUGGCCAAAUACGUGUCAAUUACGUAUUUAGCGGAUAAUAACCAAGGAAAAAGUACCGUACUGUGCGGUUUGCCGUAUAGAUUAUUUUUUGUUCUUCUUUUUAAUAUAAAACUAUACUUUAAUUAAUUUACUUUGAGCCAUUGUGCUAACUCGACAUUUCUCAACAUCAACGUCUCGGCAUAACUAAAAUAAACAAUAUGAAAUAUUCCUUAAGUGGUAAUCACCCCUAUCACGCAAUCGAUCGUAGCUAAGCUCCGAAUAUGAAUGUCCGCUGCGAAUACGCAUAAAUUGCUUCCACCGUGUGAAUUCUAAACUUUUGUUAUCAGCCUUAAUUUUGACAUUUCCAAAUCAGCUGGGUAGAAGGAAAAAUUUAAAUUUUGAUAAAUAAAAUCGAAAUCGUUUAUAUUCAAAUUGAAUUUACCUACAAAAUAUGGAUCCGCUAACGUUUGUAUUUAUGUUGAUUGAGGAAGAACGUGAGAGAAAAUCACUGAGGGACGGUUCAAGAAUCCAGUUAAAUUUUAUUCAAAUUGUUAUUCUAAAACAGGUUUAUUGAAAACUCGCUUAAAUAGGGUGGCCUUUACGCAUGCCCUCGGCUUUCUAGAGAAGAAGGCAAGUCCUUUGAGAUUGUCAUCUAUAUCUUUACUUCAUCGAUUGACUUCGGUUUUUUAGCUGAGGGAGGCUACCAGCAUGGAGUGUGUAAAGACUUCGAUAUUCCAAUGGCUCAGUCAACAUUUUUUUGCAUCUUAAAAGAUAUAUUGGGAUUGCUUGUGCCCUUAGUGGAUAAACCUUGAGUUAAGUAACGAUGAAAAAAGACAAGCAAAAAGGAACUUCUUUCAGAAAUACUUGUUUUCAGGCGCGAUUUUGUGUGUAGACGGGACACAUAUUAAAAUCAUUGCUCCAAUUAAAGAUAAGUUUCUCUAUUAUAACAGCAAAGGAUAUUUUAGAAUCAAUGUCAUAAUUGUAAGUUUGAUGACAAAUGUUUUGCAAAUAUGUGACAAUAAUAUGAAAAUACGUUAUGUGCAUGCUCAGUAUCCUGGCAGCAAUUACGACUGCCACAUAUGGAAUGCCAGCAAUGCUCGUUAUUUUUUAUGAGAAAAAUUACCUUGAUGGCGAACAAAAUACUUGGCUUUUGGGUAUUAUGCAUACAUACAUAUAUGUUACAAAAAUUCCCAAAACGCUUUACAAAUUUCCAAAAAUCAAAAUCGUUUUAUAUUUGUACUAUAAAUGCUGGAUAUGCCCUAUUAAUGACACCAUUCCGUACCCAUCUCUCAGGAAGCCCGGAAGAAAAAUAUAAUAAAAUGCAUGCAAAAGCGAGAAA